UCACCUCUCUUUCACUUUCUAACCGUCACAAUUCGAACCGGUCUCACUCGCAUGGCCGUCAUCUGAUACAAUCCGAUUCAGGCGGCGGAGACAGUGGUUUUGGGAUCCGCGGCAUGAAGCGAGAGUUGGCUUCUGUUUCCGAGGAGGGCCAGUCUCAACUCGCCGAGCCUGCGCUUCGUGUUUACGAGAGGCUCAGCUCCUCCAAGAGGUUCAAAGGCGCUAUUGUGAAUGGCUUGAUUGUGUAUACGCGGGCGAGGAGGCCUGGGAUCAAUGGCCGGGGCGGCGUAUCGGAGGAGGCGGAAGCUGAUGGGAGGAAGAGAUUCGAUGAUGAGGCGAGAAAUGAUGGAGGCGUUUCGGCUCGGGGUUUCGAGAGUGAUCAGCUGACUGAAGUUGAAGUUAGGGAUGAGGGGAGCGGCGGGGUGGAGAUACCUUGGAGUAGGAAAGGGAAGGGGAGUGAGCUGCGGUGGCCGUUUGCGGAGGAUCAUGAUAUCGGUGGGGAGUUGGUUGAGGUUGUAGUUAGAGAAGAGAGUAAUUUUAGUUUGGAAAUGAGUAGGAAGGGGUAUGCCGCCUUAAGCGGCAGUGCUGGUAGUGGUCCUCGUAAGAGGAGGAGGAAGGGUUCACAAGCCAGGUCAUCCAGGAGGAAGCAUUUUACGCGAUCCACAUCCAGAGCUAGUGUCAAGCCUCCGGUGGAAAAUGGAUCAGAGGCUGCGCAGGGAUCAGAGGCUGCGCAAGUAUCAGAGGCUGCGAAAGGAUCAGAGGCUGUGCCAGUAUCAGAGGUUGUGCAAGAAUUGGAGGUUUUGGCGGUAUCAGAGGCUCUUCCAGUAUCAGAGGAGGCUGUGCCAGGGCUCUGCCGGUAUCAGAGGAGGCUGUGCCAGCUGAAGUGA